AUGCAGCAGAUCCAGAGCUCCAAGCGGAGGCUUCAUCGACGUCAUGGUAGUAACGACCCAGAUCUAACGAACACAAACAUGGAGAAGAUUAAGAAGAUUUUCUCUCCUGGCCACGAAAAGGACGAAGACGUCAUGUAUAACGACCCCAACACCAGCAGCGCUUCCACUACCAGAGACAGUGCUACACCUACUCAACACACUGUCGGCGCGAGUAACAAGGACACAAAUCUCAGACAGAACGUUCUGGAUCCUCAGAGCAACCUGAACUCUAGACCCAAUCCCACCACUACCGUCUCGUCAGCCUCAACCAUUCCUGACGACGUCAGCACGGCAAGCAUCAGAUCAGGCGUCGUUGGUGCCGGCCAAGAGCCUCGUAACGUCGAUGGCACUGGCUUCACAGACUACGCCGCAACAGGCAGUGGCCUGUCAGCACCUCAACAGAAGCUCCCUAUCAGAAGCGCCAGUCCUGUUGGACAGUCUCGUCCCAGGCCUACGCAGAUGGAGACCAUGGACCCCAGCGGCUUCGUGAACAGUUCACAUGCACACAAGGGCCUUGGACACAACUACAAUGGCGACCCAUGCUCUGAAGACCAAGAGACUCCCGUUCCCGGCUACCCUCACCACCAGCACGGUCCCCAUGGUACAGACAUCGCCAACAAGCUCGACCCUCAUGUACCUGGCGAGUUUCCCUCCGACGACGGUCUUGACACACACCAGCGUAGAAGAGACGGUGACCUGACAUCAGGCUCCUCGAGCCUCGGUUCUGGUGCCUACACGACUGAACAGCGCGCCGCUGCAUCGCCAGGCCAGGGAAUGAACACAACAGAGUCCACCAGCAGCCGUCACUACGGUAGAGAUGCUGCCCUUGGUGCCGGCGCUGGAGCUGCUGGAGUCGGUGCUUACGAGUACGCUCAGCAUCAAAACGACCCUACUGCCAAGGUUGCGGACCCCAACUACGAUCCACUUCUCGACCAGCAAAGACGGGAACGACAAAGUGCCCUCGACACUGCAAUGGCUGGUAGUCAAAGAUCUCAGCCAGACGCAUACAACACCAGCUCGACUGUUGGAUCCACAUCGACCGCUGAUCGCUCCUUUCCACUAAGCAGCCACCCUACUGCUGCCACCAACUCAAGAGAUGUCCCAUCUGAGACAUCCAGAGAUCACCAUGUGGGCAGAGAUGCCGCUCUUGUUGGAGGCGGACUUGGUGCUGCUGGUCUGGGUGCACACGAGGCCGGAUCUCACAGACGCUCACACGAGAUUGAGGGCUACGAAGAUCAGCGCUUCGAUCCCUCUGCCGCUUCUGGCGAUAAGCCCACACGCAUCCCCAAUCUGAUGUAUGGCUCCUCGAACCAGUCGAGCCACGAGGGACAGCGCACUGGUGCACUUUCAGGCCACAGUGUAAGCGCCGCAGAAACCGCCAGUGGCCUUGGCGCCGGUGCUGGUGCAUAUGAAUCCACCCGCGCCGGCGGACUGCCAGGCCAUGGUGUGAACCCAUCAGAAACUGCCAGCGGUCUUGGUGCUGGUUCAUACGAGUCCACCGAGCAACGCAGACUGCCAGGCCAAGGUGUGAGUGCGGUAGAGACCGCCAGUGGCCACAACUACGGUAGAGAAGCAUUGCCAGGCCAUGGUGUUAACGCAACCGAGACUGCCAGCGGCCACUCAUACGGCAGAGAUGCUGCUUUGGCUGGCGGCGUCGGUGUUGCUGGUUCUCAGCUGCAGGGCUACAACCACGGCGGGCGCACUGAGACUGACCCUGCUUCCAAGACCAUUGGUCCCCACAAGAGCAAUCUCAUGAACGUCAUUGACCCUCGCGUCCGACCUGAGCCCGAGAAGAUGAAGGACAGAACUACUGCUGGGCCCCAUCAGAGCGACAUGGUGAACCGUGCUGAUCCUCGCGUUGACUCGGACCUGUCCAAGCAGAACGAGCAUCACUAUGGUAGAGACGCAGCUCUGGCUGGAGGAGCCGGCGCUGCCGGCGUAGGAGCCUAUGAGUAUGGCAAGCAGCACGGUCAACCCACCGAGAGUAUUGGCACGUCCGCUUUCGAUCCUCGCUCAACCAACACCACUAACGUCGUGGACCCAAACCACGACCCGAUUCUUGAGCAGCAGAGACUGGAACGCCAACGCGCAUAUGAAGCUUCUCUGGCUAGCGCUGGUGGUGUAGGAGGCGUAGGUACUUAUGAGCACGGAAACCCUCAUGGUGCCGCCACUCAGAGCACUCUCGAACACUCCCCGUUCGCCUCUCGCUCUGCUAAUCCCGAUCCUGCUCUGACACAACAGCCCGAACACCACUACGGCCGUGAUGCUGCUCUCGCAGGCGGUGCCGCUGGUAUUGGAGCAGGCGCAUACGAGCAUGGCAGACACCAUGGUGGCCCUACCGAUACCGCUGUCGGAACCUCGACCUUCGACCCUCGCUCAACCAACACCAGCAACAUUGUCAACCCUAGCACUGAUCCUACUCUCGCACAGCAACAGCAAGGUCAUCACUAUGGCCGCGACGCUGCCCUUGUUGGAGGUGCUGGAGCUGCAGGUGCCGGUGCCUAUGAAUACGGCAAGCACCAUGGCACUGACAACAACCUUGGAUCUUCCGCCGUCGACCCUCGUUCUACCAACAGGGUACCCAUCGUGGAUCCUAACAACGACCCAAUGCUCGCACAUCAGAGAGAAGAACGUCAACACUUUACUCGUGACGCUGCUGUCGCUGGUGGCGCUGGAGCAGCUGGCUACGGUGCUUACGAGGCUCUUGACCCCAAGGAGCAAGAAAAGCUCGCCAAGCACCAAGCUCAUGAGGCUGAGAAGGCACAGAAGGCCCAGCAACACCACAUGGACAAGGACUUGAAGCAUCAGCAGAAGGAGCGUGAGCACGAGAUUGCCAAGCAAGAAAAGAAGGCCGAAAAGCAACGUGAGAAGGAAGCCGACAAGUCCGAGAAGGAAGCUGAAAGGGCUACCAAGGAGAAUGAACACCCUGAGAAGAAGAAGCACGGCCUUCUUGGCUUCCUACACCGCGACAAGAAGAACGAGCCCGAAGACGAUUUGCGCCAACAGGGCCGUCUCCAGGAAGCCGACAUCGCUGCACACGAGCGCCAUCAACGCGAACUCGAGUCUCGUGCUGCUGAUGGCUCAAUCCCUGCUGCGGGAGCCAGCUUUGAGCCCUCGCUCGAGGAACAGAGAGCAAACCCCAAUGCCUCGUCCCCGUAUGCUGAUAUCGAAGAGAGAGGACACCAGACUGUUUCCACCGACACUACAGGUCGUCACCGCCUGCACAAGGAGCCCCCUGCCAGUGUGCUUAAGCAGCAUGGCUUGGAGACUGAUCACCCAUACGGUGACAGCCACGGUGCAAACGUUCGUAUUGCUUAA